UGCACCGCGGCGCGGCCAUGUUGCCGUAGCGUUGUUUUCUUCCUGCGGAGGCGAGGGUCCGUUGCGGCCCGCGACGCGCGGGCCUCGCCUCUGCUCGCUCGCGGGCGCCGGCCCUCGCCGCUCCCCCGCCUCCCCGGCCCGCACCAGAGCCGUCGGCCUGCCAGGCGCUCGGGGGACGGCUGAAGGCCGGGCCCGGGGACCACCAUGGCGGCCGCCCUGGGCGCGGGCGGAGGAGCAGGCGCCGGAGAUGAUGACUUUGACCAGUUUGACAAGCCUGGUGCAGAACGGUCCUGGAGAAGAAGAGCUGCUGACGAGGACUGGGACAGUGAACUGGAAGAUGACUUGCUUGGAGAAGAUUUACUGUCUGGCAAAAAGAAUCAGUCGGAUUUGUCAGAUGAAGAGCUGAAUGAUGAUCUUUUACAGAGUGAUAAUGAAGAUGAAGAAAAUUUCAGUUCUCAGGGUGUCACCAUCAGUCUGAAUACGACCUCUGGCAUAGUUACAUCAUUUGAGCUGUCUGACAACACCAAUGACCAAUCCGGAGAACAGGAAUCUGAAUAUGAACAAGGAGAUGAUGAGCUAGCCUACCACAAACCCGAGGAACAAGAACUGUAUACUCAAGAGUACCCAGAGGAAGGACAGUAUGAAGGCCAUGGUGCAGAGUUGACAGAAGACCAAAUAGAAUAUGGAGAUGAGCCAGAGGAGGAGCAGCUGUACAGUGAUGAAGUGCUGGACAUCGAAAUCAAUGAACCUUUAGAUGAAUUUACAGAUGAAGAAUAUUUGCAGGCUUAUGGUGGGCAACAAGGGCUGCAAGUGCGGGAAGACUGUGAGGCUGAAGAUGACUUAGAUGAGAUUACUGAUUCCCAGGUUGCUUCUGAGACCCACGAGGGAGGAAUGGAAACCCUGGAACUCCAGAAAGAUAUAAAAGAAGAAUCAGAUGAAGAAGAUGAUGAUGAUGAGGAAUCUGGACGAUUACGUUUUAAAACUGAAAGGAAAGAAGGAACAAUUAUUAGGCUUUCAGAUGUAACUAGAGAGAGAAGGAACAUUCCAGAAACUUUGGAACUUUCUGCAGAAGCCAAAGCUGCAUUGCUUGAAUUUGAAGAAAGAGAACGACAACAUAAGCAGGGACGCUACGGUUCCCGACGGGGAGGAAGGCGAGGAGGCUCUCUGAUGUGCCGUGGAAUGGGAGACCAGAGGCGAGACAACAGCGAAAGGGGGAGGAUGAAGGAGCACAGGCCUGCCCUGCUUCCUACACAGCCGUCUGCUGUGGCUCACUCUCCAAGAUUAAUCCCUCCUCCACAGCCACAGCCGCCUCCUCCACCACCACCACCACCACCUCAGCAGCAGCCUAUCAGAAGUCUGUUCCAGCAACAGCAGCUGCAGCCUCUACUCCCCUUACAGCACCCACAUCACCCCUCCCCACCACAGGGAGUGCACAUGCCCCCCCAGAUUGAGACUCCAAGGAUGAUGUUGACCCCUCCCCCAGUGACUCCUCAGCAGCCCAAGAACAUCCACAUCAACCCACACUUCAAGGGGACAGUGGUAACCCCUGUUCAAGUGCCCUUGCUGCCAGUUCCAAGCCAGCCAAGGCCUGCCGUGGGACCCCAAAGAUUUCCAGGCCCUCCAGAGUUUCCACAGCACACGCCUGGACCUGUUCCCAACAGCUUUAACCAGCCACCUAGACUUCCUCUCCAGGACCAGUGGAGAGCCCCACCCCCACCUCAGGAACGAGACCCUUUCUUCUUAGGAGUUUCAGGUGAACCAAGGUUCCCCAGUCAUCUUUUUUUGGAACAGCGAAGUCCUCCUCCACCGCCGCCUCCUCCCACGCUCCUGAACAGCAGCCAUCCUGUUCCUACUCAGAAUCCCUUACCGUUCACUCAGCCUGGACCAGCUUUUAAUCAACAAGGACAGCAGCCAGUGUUCCCUCGAGAGAGGCCUGUAAGACCAGCCCUGCAGCCCCCAGGCCCAGUGGGGAUCCUGCACUUUAGCCAGCCAGGGUCAGCAACUGCCAGGCCUUUCAUUCCUCCUAGACAGCCAUUUCUACCCAGCCCGGGACAGCCAUUCCUGCCUACACAUGCACAGCCUAACCUUCAGGGACCCUUGCAUCCUCCGUUGCCACCACCUCAUCAACCACAGCCCCAGCCGCAACAGCCCCAACAGCAGCCCCAGCAUCACCAGCACCAGCCGCCCCUUCAGCCUCCCCUCCAGCCUCCACACCAGCCUCCCCCACAACAUCAGCCUCCCCCUCAGCAUCAGCCACAACAGCACCAGCAUCAUCACCACCUUUCUGCUCCUCCCCCUCCUCUGAUGCCCAUGUCUCAGCCGCAGUUCAGGCCACAUGUACAGACUGCCCAGCCACAGCCCAGCAACAGUCGGAUGCAGUGUGCCCCACAUCAGGGGCUCCGGCAUAAUGCAGCAUCUCAGAAUAUAAGCAAACGGCCCAUGCAGCAGAUGCAACCCACUGCUCCCAGAAACAGUAAUCUGCGUGAACUCCCCAUAGCACCUUCACAUGUUUUGGAAAUGAGUGGUCAUCGAUGCUCCUCUACACCUGUUGCUCAGGUGAAGUCCGUUGUCAACACAUCCCCACCUUGUAGGGCUGUGGUGUCUUCCAGGAGCUCACAGGGAAAGACGGAUGCAAAAGCCAAGCCACUGAGUCCUGAGGCUCAACCUAAGGAAGAAGGAAAAACAGAAGCAGAGUUUCCUGAUGAAGAUGAAGAGACAAGGUUAUAUCGUUUAAAGAUAGAGGAGCAGAAGCGUCUGAGAGAAGAAAUCCUGAAGCAGAAGGAACUACGGAGGCAGCAGCAGGCUGGUGCCAGAAAGAAGGAGUUACUGGAAAGACUUGCGCAGCAGCAGCAGCAGCAGCAGCAGCAGCAGCAGCAGCAGCAGCAGCAGCAGCAGCAGCAGCAGCAGCAGCUCUAUGGUUCGCAGACCUCCAUGGAGCAAGAGGAACUGGCAGCUACACCAUCACCCACCAAUGGUAACCCAUUAUUGCCCUUUCCAGGGGCACAAUGCAGGCAGAAUGUGAAAACCAGACUUCUUGUUAAAAACCAAGACAUCACCACUGCUAGUGUUCAGCCCAAAGCAGUAAACUUUGUCCCACCUGGUGCUAACGUGCAUCAUCAAGGGCAACACUUGAGACCACUGAAGCAUCUGAGACAGCUGCCACACAAAGUCCUCCAGGUCAAGCCUAUGGAUAUGGAGGAGACUCCCCACUCCCCACAGGCAGCCAGAGUGACAUCCCUUCAGGGCCGGCCUCAGGACACCAAACCAGGGGUGAAGAGGACUGUCAUGCACAGGGCCAACAGUGGAGGUGGUGGAGAUGGGCCACAUAUCAGCUCCAAGGUCAGGGUGAUUAAGUUGUCUGGAGGGCAGGGAGGAGAGAGCGAUGGUUUUUCUCACACAGAAGGCCAGCCCCAGCGGCUUCCACAGCCUCCGGACAUGAGACAGCAGCCUACCCGCAAGGUGACGCUGACCAAGGGGGUUCCUCAGCAGCCCCAGCACCUUCCUGUGGGGCCCCACAUGUACCCGGCUAUCCCUCCAGGGAUCAAAAGCAUCCAAGGGAUUCACCCAGCCAAGAAGGCCAUCAUGCAUGGACGAGGCCGAGGAGUGGCAGGUCCCAUGGGCCGGGGACGACUAAUGCCAAAUAAGCAGAACCUUCGAGUGGUGGAAUGCAAGCCACAGCCCUGUGUGGUGUCUGUGGAAGGUCUUUCCUCAUCCACCACUGAUGUCCAGCUGAAGAGUUUGCUGAUGUCCGUGGGCCCCAUCCAGAGUUUACAGAUGCUUCCCCAGCAGCGGAAAGCCAUAGCAAAGUUCAAGGAGCCAGCCCACGCACUAGCGUUUCAACAGAAAUUCCACAGGCACAUGAUUGAUCUGUCCCACAUAAAUGUGGCCCUGAUUGUGGAGUGAUCUUGAAUGGAAAAAUCUGACCUCAUGCUGCACACACUGUGGAAUUUCUUCAAGGAAGCUGUAGGUCGGUGCAGGAUCCCCAGAAGUGCAGGUCUCUCCAGUCUGCAGUUUGCCAACCUGUCUGCGUGCCAGCUAGCCACAGGGUGAUUCCAGAAGAGAGCUAUGUAAACUGGUGGACAUGGGAUUGGAGUCUGGUGUUAGAUUGUUUUGAAUUCUGUUGUCCACAAGAACUCUGUUCUCGUGUUCUUUUGUUUCCGAGUGCUUAUAAUGCAUGUAGACCUUGUUCUUCGUGAUCCUGCUGUGUGAUUGGUCACAGAGUUUUAGAUUCAGGAAAGAAUGUUACCAGCUCAAAUUUCGAGGAUUUUUCUUUCCACAGCAAAGAGUAUUUGAUAAUGGUUGCACUUAUCUUCAGUACAGGCUAGAAAAGAGCUCUCAGCCAGGCUUGACCGGGGUGGCCUCAGAAGCCAUCGCGGGCUCUGGUAAAACAUAGGUAGAAAUGGAUGAUGAUGAUUGGCACUCACCUGCCCUGGGAAGCCAGGGUGUGAGAUGGGUGUCUGGGAAUGGUGCCAUAGAAGUGGUGAUUCUGCUUCUUACAAAUACCUCCAAAGUGCCACCUGUUUGAGCAGAAGCUCUCAGAUGGCUGGCUAGGCAAGCACUGGGCACUCCAGAUCAUCAGCUCUGCCACCCUGCAGGCAGCCCCCUUGGCCUAGUUUUCCUGGCAUAGGUUGAGGCACAGCUUGAAAGGUGGUCAGACCUGCUUGGGCUUCAUUGCUUUUCAAAUGUCCUAGCUCUGUAGUUCGUGCUGUCAUUGGUUUGAUUGCCUCACUGUCCUUCAGGGCUCUGAGUUUCCUUUGGACUGCCUUUUUAUCACAUUUGUGAAGGAUGGAUUUCUCAGCAGGGCUGAUGCUGCCCAAAAUAAGUAUAUCUGUCCACAUUAGUCAUUUUAGUCGAUUCCAACAGGUGAGACUUGCUUUCUACAAAGCAUCCCUUAGAAAUCCAUGCUGGGCAGACAUUGAACACAGUGCCUUAUUAUGUUUCUUCCUUGAACGCUUCAGUGUUAGAGUCAUACUCUAGAAUGGACUGACACUAGGACACACUCAGGACUUUUUAGUUGUAUUUUAUACCUGUAAUUUUAUCUCACAUAACUUAGUAGGAUGGAGGAGACAGAGGUCUGUUGUCAUCUACUGUCGCUGGGUAAUAGGGAGGGAGCUCUGGACUCAAAGCAGCUGGCUUCCACAGCUGAAGUUUUACAUUACAUUUUCAAUUAAGUUGCCAAUGCUUUAACAACUGGAGAAUGGUAUUCCAGGCCCCAAGAAACUUUGCUUAGGAUUGAUUCUGAGAUGACACUGUGCCGGCAAGGAGCAUUGGGGACACAGUUGUUGUUUGGUGUCCAGGCAGUUGAGCUGAGGCAUUCAUAGCGUGUCUUAGAAGACCUUGUGGUAUGGUGCCACCUCUGACCACAAAGCCUCUGCCUCACCCCUGCUUGGUACACUAAGGGCCAGCCCUGCAGGGGCUGUACCCAGCUUGGCCUUAGCCCAGCCAAGUGCUGUCAACUGGUCUCCCACUGUCACUCCCACUCAUUUCAUCUGCACACAGGAAAUGUUGAGAGAUAGUUCAUUGAAUUGGUGAGUUUGGUAGCAUGUUAGCUCUCAUUGGACAAGAUAGAUGCCAUGUAGGAGGUUGAGGGUUAGGACACAGGAAAAUGAAUUUAACAGUUUCACUGCUCUUUCAUACAGUUUUGAGUGCUGGGUCUUUAAAACCCAAUUAUGCAUUUUUGUCUGAAAAGUAGGCACUGAAGCAUUGAAGUCAGGUAAGGAGACAUCCUCAUCGACACCGCUGUUGACCGAGGAGCUCAGGGCCACUUUGAGUGUGAUGAGAUACCCAGGAACAUGUGUGCCCAUAACCGUCUACACACAUGAGCCAGUUUUUCCUUAUUGCAGUGUCCUGUGAGACAGACCAGUUCCAAGCACUACUUAGAACAACUGCUCACUCUGACCUCACUACACAUCCAUUUGGGGUGGACUAUCAGACCAGGCAAGCCAGUUCUAAAGGUUUCUGUGAAGGAAACGACAGAAAGUGAAAGAAGCAGAAUUAGAAAGAACAUUCCCCACUUGCAGUGUCCUUCUCACAGUGAAGUCAGACCGUGGAAGAUCUGCUGCAACCAUUAUCUCUGUUCUUUGUGUAUCAUGCAUUUAAAAUGAGAUGGAAAAGCAUUAGCAUACUGUGUAAAUAUGGAUCUUUUCAGAUUAAAGCGUUAAUGGAAAUGCUUUUAACUCAAAACAGCAACAUCUUAGCUAUUUGUUAGUUCUCGUUUGUUGUCUUAUCGAAGUUUAAUGGAGACACUUUCAUAAUUGUUGUUGUGUGUACAUUUGAUUUUCAUAAAGAUGGUAGUAAGUCAAUGCAUUGACCCUCAUCUGUGUAUUAUUUGUUCACAAGUUCCAGAAGGUUGAAGGACUGACUCUCAUAUCUGUCCUGAAGUAGAGAGUACGGGUGGGGACAAGGUACUUUCCCUCUCUCUGCCUUGUUUAUUUUGUACUGUAAUGAAUGUGAGUCACUCAGCUGCUUACCUGAACAUAACCUUAUGCUGCCCUUGGCUUGGCCACAUUUGUUAAACCCUUAUUAUAUUGAUACUCUUCUUGACGGGGAAAUCUCACCUUUUCUUUUUCAAAAGAGAUUCUGAGGCAGUCCCCCACCCAAUCCAAAUAGGCAGCAGCUUCUUGUGCAGGUCCUGUGCCCAUGGCUUGCUGUGGAGGAGUGUGGCUGGAUGGCGUGGGAGGUGGGUUUUCCAUAGCCAUUUCCAUUUGGGUAGUUCUCAUGCGAUAUGCAACGGUCCAAGAUGGUUGUUUGAAUCAGGAUGGAACACCCGUUAGUCAUUUUCCCCCCACCAAGCAGCAUUCUGCCUGAAGCAGGUAGAAGGCUUUGCUGCUCAUGGAAGCUGGUAGGGAACUUAAAAGGCCUGGGAGGGAGGACUGGACAGUGGUCGUUCUGGUGGGUAAGGAGAGUCAUAUAGGAUGGAAUGUCAGUGAUGUACACCUCUAAUGGGACCCCAAAGGGUGGUCCUUCACUUAGGUGUAGAGCCCCACAGAUGGACAUGUGAGGAAAUUCUUGGGGUAACAUAAGCUAGAUAAAGGGCCUUUCUUGGAGAACUAGGCUUAAGGACUAUCCCUGUCUUCUGUCUUUUGGUUUUCGUUUGUUCGUCUUUUAUUUCCUUGUGGCAUUAUUAGGAAGGUAAGCUUGAUAUAUAGACCAUUGACUGACACCAGUCAAAGAUAGGUCCUAGUGAUAUAAGAACACUAGCCCAAGAAGUCCAUGCAGUAGUUAAGUAUUGUUUUUGGUCAUCAUAGGGUGCUCUGUGUCCUCUGACCCAAGUCAGGAAGCACUUCCUUGUGCCAGAGCUGUGGGCCACACUGGGUGGCUCUGUUGCUUGCUGUCUCCCUUCCUGCGAAUUAGCUUUAAUUCCCCCUCCUGCUUGUUGGCCCCAGCUCUGGCUUUGCAUCCUUACUCUCAUGCCCAGUUGCUUAGAGAGGGAGAACAGGUCUAGGGAAUUGUACCUUGAUGUGCUCUGCAAAAGAGAUAAUGAAUGGGCGCAGGGUAGACAAGAACAAGACCCCUCCCCACAGAGGAAGCCACUAGGAGCUUAACUCAAUAAUGGGAGAACCUUAGACACGUCACCAAAUUCUGCAAGACAGCUGGGGGAUUUUAAAGUUUAUGAUGAAGUGUUCUUUUUAUAUUCCUACAUAUAAACUUGGAAAGGCAUUUAGCCUUGAUUUGUUAAAUCCUAAGGAUUUCCUGUAAGGUUUUUUGCAACCUAUUUAGUUUUUGACAUUUAAAAUGCCUAACUUGUUAGGUACACAAACCCAUGGCUUUGUGUACUAGAACCAGAGCAAUCCACUGAUUCAUAUUGGAUCCCAAGUAUACCUCCUGAUGGUAUCGGGUGUCAGAAGGGACACUUGUUAGGUACCUUACCCGAGCUUCCUGGAGACUGUUGAUCGGCUACCUCUUCCUGUCAAGGGUUGGUAGAAUGGGCUGAAAAGACAGGUACUUGCACCAAAAGAGCUUCUCCUUCCCCUUUAGAUGUACAGUAGAAGAGGUUGUUAAGUGUUCUCUUUGCUUUCGUUUACUGAUUUUUUUCAAAGGUUUGUGAGAAAAUGCAGGUGAUUUAGAGAGAACCUUGUGUCGUUUUUCUUAGGAAUCACACAGGUGGGAUGGACAGACAGGUGCAUGUUACUGUGUUCUGUGUCAGAACGUUUAGUAUGCUCUAAGCAGUAGGCCUCUUGGCUUUCUUACAUGACUUUCUGCUAAACUACUUUUCAUUUUAAGGACACAUGCAACGGAAGCUGGUUUGGAGACUAACACAUUUUGCAUUCUGCAUUGUUGUCUUAGAGAACACACAUUGUAGACAGCGGGUUGCACCCAGCCCACACUGACUGGCCGCUGAGGAGCAGAUGACCACUUGUUGUUUCCUUUUACAGGUGUGGGAGCCCCGAUCCUGAGCUGUGUCCUCUGUGAGGACUCCCCUCCCAGGCUUUAAUUCUGAUGUUUAGUUUCCAGGUGCAGCAGUGGUGCCUUGUACUUUCCUGUGACUUUAAGAGCAUCUGAUGUUCUGUUCUCUUCUCCCACUAUGCCACCCACUGCCCUGCCCUGGCUGGGACUCUGGUUCCCUCCGUACCUUCUUCUCUUCCAUCUUGUUGACACCUGAGGUGUGGGCACUGUUCCCCCAGUGCAUGUUCUUUCCCUCCACUUCUGUGGCUUCCACACCUGCAGUGGCCACUGAUAGUCACUUGAGUCAGGCUCCCUCUGACAGGAGGGGACACUGUAGAUGUCUGCGCCAGGGCCAACCACAUGUGCAGUUUCUCUAACCCUUUUGCCUUGACAGGUCUUUCCUUGGGAUUUGCUCUUCCAGAACCUGAAUUGGAGAGCUUGACCUUUUGCUUAUUAUUUUUGCAGUUUGGUUUUGGGCCUAAAGAUGCCAGUGCCUUUCAGCUGUGGUCUGCAUGUCAUUAACCACCCCUCUCUGUUUUUACCCCUCUACCUUUGCAGGACCCGGGGCAUGGGUCAGUGUUAGUGGUAGCGUGCUCUCAUUCGCUUGGAAGUGGUGGCCGUGUGGCCGUUAUACUGCCUUUGCUGAUAUGGCCUCAUCGUCGUGUAAUGUGUGUGCCCUCCCUGCUGUGCAGGCAGCUUGGGGUGCAGGCUGUGUCGCUGGGAGUGCGCUGGCUGCUUAGAAACCACGAGACACCACCUCACUUUCCUCUGGCCUCACUGUUUCUGCCAGUCACAUGCUCUUCCCGUAUGAGUGACACUGCCGCGCUUUACUCCAGUUAUCCUUUGCAUUAACUACGUGGGAACUCUUGCAGGCUAUAUAUGUGAAGAAUAGUUGUGAUGUAGAUGGAAAGAAAAUGUAUUAUUGUGUGUAUCAUUUGUGUGCUUUCAUAGCAAAAAAUGUGUUUCGGCUGUACUGUAACCAAAAAUUCUGUCAAUAAAAUAUUUGAGGU